ACCAUAGACUAUACAACACUAGACAUGGCUCAGAUUAAAGCACUUCCCGCAGAUCUACAAAAAAUUGCCAUCGAAGAAUUGGGUGAGGUGCCCGAGAGAAUACCACAGGAUUUGAGGGACUUUAAGGCAUGGAUCGAGCAGCAACCACAUUUGAGAGCCCGUAUGGAUGAUCAAUUUCUAAUUCAAUUCCUGCGAGGAUGCAAAUACAGUCUAGAAAAGGCCAAAAAGAAGAUCGAUAUGUUCUUUGCCAUGAAGUCCAAGUACCCAGAUAAUAUGGGCUUAACUGAUGUGGAUGAUAUACAAAUUCGUAAACUUCACAACACAGGAUUUUACACUGUCCUACCUACACCCUUACAUGGAUCCGGCCCGCGCUUGGUGUUACUACGUUGUAAUUAUUCGCCGCAUGAUUUUUCUAUUGUCGAUGUAAUUCGAUAUUGUGAAGCAAUAUCUGAGAUAUUGAUAAUGGAAGAUCCUUAUGCCUGUAUCAAUGGCAUUGUAGCUGUGGUGGAUAAUUCGCAAGCCACAGCCAAUCAUUUUAUGCAAAUCACCAUUAAUAUUGCCAAACAGUUUGUCAAUUUCCACGAGAAAGCCUUUCCCAUGCGAGUGAAAAAGAUUUGCUUCAUUAACAUCUCGAUGCCUGUUCGCCAGUUUAUAAAUCUAAUGCUGCCUCACUUGCCAGAAAAGUUUAGGAAAAGAUUAAUAUUUUGCGGUAUGGACAUUGAGGAAUUAGACAAGGACAUACCCAGAAAGUAUUUACCCAUUGAGUAUGGCGGCGAAAAUGGUUCUGUUAAGCAAUGGCCAAUCGAAAAUGAAAAAAUUUGGGAAGAAAAUCGAGAAUUUUUCAAAGAGAAUGAAAACUUUGGCACCGAUGAGAAAUUGCGAAUUGGCCAACCGCUAAAUUUUGAUGCUGAUUUGGGCAUUAGUGGUUCAUUUAGAAAGCUUGAUGUCGAUUAAACUAUCUUAAAAAAAAACUUCUAUAAGACCCUUUUACUUUCAUCACUAUGUGAUACUCAAUUAGGUAGUUCCGGCAAUU